AUGCCCCUGACGGACGGCAAAGACAAGGACAAGGACAAGAGCGUCGUCAGGCAGGGACGUCGCCGCACCGAGUCCACUGUGCAACGUUUUUCCAAGACUGCCAUUGGCGAGGGCUUUCAGCUGUGGGACAGGGACUAUCUCUUAGGUGCGAUGCGGCUGUUUUUGUUUAAGGGGGAAACGGCGCCGCCGUUUCAGGUUGGCCCCUGCAUGGACGCCACCGGGGAGAUUCUUGUGCAGAUGGAGGAGUACGAAGACGCGGCGGAGCAGUUCAUGGGGGCGGCGUCGAAGUACGCGCUGAUUCAACAGCCGGAGUUGGCGCGGCUGAUGGAGAUCAAGGCCCUAGAGUGCUCACAAGGCCCGCAGGCGGCCUUGGAGAAAGUGACGCCGUACCUCGCGCAGCAAACCGCGGCGCCUACGUUUCGUGGCUUGACCCCCGCACUCGCGCGUAUGCAGGCGUACAAGGCGGACCUCAUGCUAAAAACUGCAGGCGACGCAGAAACGACGGAGAAGGCGGUGGAGGCGGCGAGGCAGGCGUGCCACUCUGGCUGGGAUCGCAUCCACGUCGCCUACAUCCUCGUCGGUGACGGGUUGCAGGCGCUGGGCCGGUUUGAGGAGGCAUGUGAGGCGUACGCCGACGCCGUGAAGUCCAACGCCAACUGCAUCGCAGCCAUGGAGCGGCAAAUGGGCGUGCUGCGGAUCUUCAUCGCCGAGACCACGGACGAGUCACGGCAGAAGCAGCUGCGCCAGGACCUCCUGCAGCUGCUCGACAGCGCGAUUGCGCUGCACCCCCGCCCCACCCUGCUGCGGGAAAAGGCCUUCCUGCUCAGUGAGACGGAGGGCGACGCCGCGGCGCUGCAGUUCCUCGACCCCCUCAUACUAAAUCCCCCGCCAGAGGAGGCGGAUGCGGCGGGCGGCGUUGCCGGCCGCACAGUCGCCACGCUGCUGAAGGCGAAGGCCGCAAUUCUCGCGGAUGGCGGCAAGCUGGGCGAGGCUCUGCAGAUCGCGAGGGCGGCGCUACAGGAAAGCCCCGGCGACGAGGAGGCGGAGGCCAUUGUCGCCGAACUGCAGGAAGCCGCGUAG